UCAGUGAGGUACCACCGGUUACACGCCACUCGUCCUUCAACUUCACUGUUUUCUUCUUCCUCCUCCUCCUGCUCUAGUUCUUGUCUGUUAGUUCUUUAUUUUUUUCCCUUCGAAAACCAAACAAAGAUUUCCCUAACCAACCAAAAUCAGCCAUCCACCUGCCUUGUAUCACAAACAAACCAUAUCUAUUAUACGUCUCAUUAUUAUUUAUGUAUUUAAUUUUUAGAAAGAAAAAAGGGGGGAAUUUUUAGAACAAAUCAGUAAAAAAAAAAAAAAAACCUAAUAGAAAAGAAGAUGAAAAGUAUUCAAUUCUGAAUGGAAACCCAAUUCUCUUUACCCAGAUCAACCACUUACGCCUCUUUCCGGAUCAACCGCUUCUCUCUCUUCUCAGGAGGCUGAUUGAUUGAUUUUCCUUCUCUUUUUUUUUGUAAAAUAAAAAUAAAAAAAUAAAAAACCUGACUUUACAUUUACAAAUAGAGAGAAGGGGUGCGGAUGGAGGAGAGUUCGAGGACGGCGGCGGAUGGUAACAUAGGUCCGAUUGUUUGGGUGCGGAGAAGAAACGGGUCGUGGUGGCCUGGUCAGAUAAUGGAGGCGGAUGAACUGGCAGAGUAUAAUCUAACAUCGCCGCGAACAGGGACUCCGGUCAAACUCCUUGGAAGGGAUGAUGCUAGCGUGGACUGGUACAAUUUAGAAAAGUCGAAGCGUGUGAAGGCAUUUCGGUGUGCUGAAUUUUCUGAUUGUAUUGAAAGGGCUGAAUCUGCCCUGGGCAUGCCAAUCAAGAAAAGAGAGAAAUAUGCACGUCGAGAAGAUGCAAUUCUACAUGCCCUUGAGCUUGAAAAGCAACUCUUGAGAAAGCAAGGAGCAUCAGGUGUUGCUUCUGAUUGCCCAAGAAGUAAAUCAUCUGGGUCUGUGAAGACCGAGCUGGGUGCAUUUUCAGAAGGCUCAAUAAAUUAUAGUGGAAAACCCGAGGAUGUUAAAUUGAACCAAACUUUGAGAGGAGUUGAUAUAGAGAUUCCAGGCAGCCCGCUAAUUCCACUGAAAGCCAAGGAUGGAGAUCAGUCAGUCUCGGAAUUUCAUAGUGAGGCAAUGCUGCGGAUGAGAGGUUCGCAAGACUUAGGGCGUAGGACUGCCUUAAAGAGAAAAUUUUCACCCUCUGUUGAUUUAGAUGGUUCUUGGAGAAGACCUGUAGCAGACAACAAAUAUGAAGAUCCUCCUGACACUUUCCCUCAUGUGGAAAUAACCCCUCAUGCAAAUGGAGUGGAGAAGAUGGGAGCUAUUUUCCGGGCAAAGAGGACUAGAUGUGUUUACUUGCCAGCUGAUUCUAGUGAUUCUAUGGAUGAUAAGGACAUUCCUCCAAACCAGAAUAAGUUCUUUCCUUCUGGUUUUGAAGCUGAGUUGCAUUCCCAUCCUGGUUCUUCAAAUGAAGAAGACUCUUCAUCUGGAUUUAUGGAAGAUGUUGAAUCUGAUUUGUCUGGAUCUAAUUCAUCUGAAUCCGAGUCUGAUUCUUCUCAGACUGAACCAGAUGUGGACAAAGAAAUGGUUAUUUUUUCAGAUGUUGCUUUCCCUAUAGAAGCUGAGCAGGAUGCUCUGGGACAGCCUGAAGCAACAUUAGAACAUGCUAGUACAAGCAGCGAGGAGUCUGAUGGAUUGAUAUCUUCUGAUGACAUGGAUGACCUUUACCAUGAUGAACAUUUUCUUGCACAUGAAGCAGUGUCCAAAUGGAAAUUGAAGGGGAAAAGGAACAUUCGAUAUCUUACACAGAAGCCUGUCAAUAUGGAAUAUGGAAAAGGUUUCAAUGGAGCUUCUCAUGGAACCUUCCAUGGGAUGAAAGGAAGUAUCUCAAGCCAAAGGGCAUUUGGUGCCCAUGAUGCCAAUUUGGGCAGAAAAUAUUUUGGGUCCAAAAUGUAUCGUCUUGGUAAUAGAGGUUGCUCUUUUCCAUCAAGGUUCGUGUCCAGAGAUCGAAAUAAUACUGGUCGUAAUAUGAUAAAAUGGCAAGGCAUGGGUUUGGAGGAUCAACAUACUUUCAGGAGACAUUGGGAAGACAUGGCGGAGCAUUCCAAUCCAAUAUUUGUUGGCCAGCACCAUUUUGGGGGAAGGGCAAGAUCUUUGUUAGUAGAUGUGGAUUUGAAGGUCCAAUCAAGCUACCAAAAAGAUCGUGUACCUAUUGUUUCUCUCAUCAGCAAGUUUGAUGGGAAGGCAAUAAUAGGACAUCCGAUACCAAUUGAAGCUGUGGAAGAUGGUUCAUCCGAAACUCAGUUUCCUUUAAAUGAUCAGUUUCCUUUAAAUGAUUAUUAUAGCAACGAAGCAGUUGACCAAGACGAAACUACAUCACUUCAACCAGCAUGGCGGACUGCAAGAAGGACCAAUUCUAGGGUACCACGCCCCCAUUUAUUAUCAUUGUCGGGCUUCGAUGCUGCUGCUGAGGAUAUUCAAUUUAUGGAUCAAGAAAAAAGAGUUCCAUUUAGGAAAUCAAGUGGGGGCAGUUUCAGUUACAAGGCAAACCUGGCACGGAAGAGCCUACCUCAUGUUCCCCAGCCUUCGGCACAAAAGAAGUUCCCUACAAAGAUGCCAAAGAAAGUAAGCUUACCAUCUAAUCAAAAAACAAGAACCCUGUCAUCAAUUGGUAUUAAGCAGAUUUUUGUUAGGAAUCCUGUACAAGAUACGGGUAAUGGUAAAAUGGAUGGGCUAAUCAAACCUGAGACAUCUGGGCCAACUACAGUUGCAUGCAUACCUGUGAAGUUAGCAUUCAGUAGGUUGCUUGAGAAGAUCAAUAGGCCACCGUCAACCACAGCUACUAAGACGGUGGUCUGGAACAGGGAUGGGGAUAGGGAACCUUCAUAGAUAACAUGUACGUUGUUAUAUUGGCACGCUAAUACUGUCCAGGCAACAAUUGCUAAAUUGCUCUUUCUGACUACCAUAUCUGCACCAAAAAAACUGAAUACAUUGUCAAAUUCGCAAUGUGAGGAUCACGUGUCUUGAAUUAGAUGGUGUGGUUUUCAAGAAAAACAUUUAUUUGCAGUGUUGCUAUUUUGGUGUUGUUCGUGGCACCGUAUCCUGGGGGUGCCCCUGGUAUUCAACCACCGGAGCUUUCACUAGGCACAAAAGAAGAAAGAUUAGAAAUUUAUUGCAGAUGGUAGAAGCUAGCUUGGAAUUCAGAUAGAUGUGUAUAUUUUAUUCUAUAUAAAGCUUAUGCUUUUUCAGGUUUUUA